GGCGCCAUCUCACGAAGCAAGUCGGAAAUAGGGGAAGAAGAGAAAGAAGUUUGGCGCACAAAUGCACGUGGAGCGUUCGACGACACCACAUCAACCUGCAAGCGCCAAUUUGGUGGAAACGAGGACCCAUCAAUAGGCACAAAUAAUGGACCCGGGCGCAUUUUACGGUAAAAGAGCCGCAAAGGUGCCUCCCGAAUACAGCGAUGACUCGGACCUGGAAUCGAGCGACGACGAACCGGAAAAUGCUGCUUCAGCCCGGGCAGCUCUCUCAGGGGACUGCCAAGCUGAGAUGUCUAGCACCCCGAGCACAGACGAUAUUGACGAUGGACUUGAAACAAUCACCAAGCCUUCGAAAAAUCAUCCUACAUGGAGCGUUGUCCAAGCCUCAGUUGGUCGCGCCAUGCCAGAGUGGAAGGACGUGCCACCCUGUCCAUCCCCGGUGUUGUCUCCCAUCGAGUAUUUCAGAAGAUUUUUUCACAUGGACUGGUCUUUCUUCUGUGAACAGUCCUCGCUCUACAGUGCUCAGAGGAACCCCAACAAAGUUACAGCAAUGACUGUAAAUGAUUUAGAGCAGUUUAUUUUGCAUCAUCAAGAGUUGAAAAUGAACUGCAGGCAAAGAAACGGCGCGGACCAACAGCUCUUGUGACGUGCAAAGAUGGACACAGUCGAUCACCUCCCAACGUUCUCCCAAAAGAAAGGAAUAUCCGAAAUGCACGGGUAUCACACGGGUUAUAUAGAGAAAGUUCAAUGUGCAUCUCUGUUUCACGCUAGGGAAAGAGUGCCAGUACAAGUUUCACAUUGACCCGUAGGGGUCAUGCAGUGAAGCCUGUUUUAGGAAUCGUGCCUAGUGUUGCCCACAGGCAACAAAGCUAGAUCUCGGCAAGCAAAUGUUGCAAUUUUUUGUCCUUGCAAAGUAUGCUUUAUAAUGCUAUAGUAAGUAGAAAUAUAUCAGAAAUAAAU